UUCAGUGAGGAGCGCGCUCUGGUGGGACGGAGAGUGUGAUGUCACUGUCAUGGAAGGGAGUGCUUUUCUUCAUAGCAUCAUGUUCAGCUAUCGCCGCGGGACAGGGUGUGAGCGGCCCAAAGCACGGAAAGAAUAUCGUAUGUUUUCUGGCCUCCUGGUCUCAUUAUAGGCUGGACCCGAUCAAGUUCCACUUAUCCGACUUGGACCCAUCGUUAUGUACUCACCUAGUUUACUCGUUCGCUGUUCUCGAUGAAAACACCAAUGAAAUUAAAAGUUCAGACGUAGGUCUGGAUGUAGAGAAUAAGGAUACGACAGUUGGUUACAAAGGGUUUGUUGAUCUCAAGACAAAGAAUCCUCAUCUCAAAGUGACCUUGUGUAUCGGAGGCUGGAAUGAGGGGUCCCAAAAAUUUUCCCUAAUGGCUAAAAGUCCACAUUCAAGAAAACAGUUUAUACAGAGUGUUAUCAAAUUUCUACAAACGUAUAAUUUCGAUGGUCUCGACAUUAUGUGGAAGUAUCCGACGACGAGGGGCGGCGACAAACAGGACAAAGAUAACUUCGUUAUUUUAGUUAAGGAACUAAAGGAGGCUUUCAGUCCACACGACUUUAUUUUAACAGCAUCUUUGUCUGGGAUUAAACAUGUGAUGGAACCAGCAUACGACUUGGUCCAGUUGAACAAAUACUUAGACAUGAUCCAUGUUUUGGGCUACGACUACCAUGGUCCGUGGAAUGGCAUACUUGGGGCAAAUUCACCGUUGUCUUCCACCUCUCAAGAUAACUUCCGUAGCGUGGAAUACACUAUAAGAUACAUGAUAGCUUUUGGCGUGAGUCCUGAGAAAAUAAACCUAGAGUUGCCCCUGUUUGGAAGAACUCUCCUCUUAAGCAACCCAAAAGAGGAACGAGUGAAAUUCGGUCAAACGAAAGUUCAGGGCGUCGGCUUCCCUGGACCAAUAAUAAAAGGAAUACAUUAUUACGCAUACAGUGAGAUCUGUAUGGAACUGACCAACAAAUCCAUACCCUGGGAUUAUCAUUGGGAUGAAGAGUCUUCCACACCAUAUCUCCGGGAUAAAGAUCGUAUCAUAUCGUAUGACAAUCCUCGCUCCAUAGCAAAUAAAGUUAAACUGGCUAUAGACUAUAACCUGGGAGGCUUCAUGGUGUGGAGCGUGGACACGGACGAUUUCAAAGGUCUUUGCGAUCUUCGCAAUGAUGCUUACGAUGACUACGAGGCGAGGAUUAACAGGAUAUCAGACGAUCCCAUGCUACAGGACGCCAUAGACAAACUAGAUCUGUCAGACUUGGAUUUAAACGACGGUUAUUACAUUAAGAUGGAUAAGAAAUUGGAAUUCAUCAAACCUAAGCAGGAUUUCAAGAACUUCCAAAUGCUGAGAACCAUUAACCAGGCGACGUCUGUGGCUCUGGAAGAAAUGAAGAUUGUUCUCGCUAUUUGGAACAAAAGAAGAUUCGGAAAUGGAAUAAGCGGAACGAGUUUUGUUUUACCGACGAGCUUGGGAGGCUGCGAACAGUCCUGUCUCAGUUCUUGUUAUAAAAUGUGUCAGAAUCCUUUUUUAUAAUAGCGUUAAUACUUCUUAUUUCUUAUUAAUGACCCAUCAUUAUUGCAUUGCAUUUUUAACAAUAUAUUUGUUCACGAUUAAUUAAAUUUCGGAGCUCAAUGUACUAGACUAGCGGACUAUCGGAUUUAUUGACAUUAGACUAUUGAAGUGGUUACAUAAAUGUUUAAAACUAUUUGUAAUAAAUAAGAAGUAUUAAACAAACAUUUUUAUUAAUAAAAAAAUAAAUAAAGGAA